AUGGCCUCAGGAAAUGGAGAAAAGGUAGAAUUUGGUUUCAAUGCUGAUCCUGAUACCAAGCCAAAGAAGGAUUGGGCCCUUCUGUCUCUGAGGGUGGUUGCAUUUUUGGCCACAGCAUCUGCUACACUUGUUAUGGCACUCAACAAGCAAACAAAAAGCUUGGUAGUUGCCACCAUUGGCACCACCCCAAUAACAAUUACUCUUACUGCAAAGUUUCAGCAUACCCCAGCUUUUAUAUUCUUUGUGAUAGUCAAUGCAAUUGCCAGUCUCUACAACUUGGCGGUGAUAACAAUGGACAUAUUAGGACCCCAAUAUGAUUAUAAAGGACUCCGUCUUGGAUUGAUUGCAAUAUUAGACGUGAUGACUAUGGCUCUGGCAGCAACAGGAGAUGGUGCAGCAACAUUCAUGGCAGAAUUAGGAAGGAAUGGAAAUUCACAUGCAAGGUGGGAUAAGAUAUGUGACAAAUUCGAAGCCUAUUGCAACCGUGGUGCUGCUGCCCUAGUUGCCUCUUUUGUUGGCAUCAUUCUCCUCCUUAUUGUUACAGUGAUGUCCAUCAACAAGUUUCUCAAGCUAAAUCGCAUUUAA